GCCCUAACACACCAUAAGUCUCGCGAGACUAUAAGUUUUUCCGACGGUCGCAGACUGACGAAAACGCUUCACUUCCGAUACCCACAAGACCUUGCAAAGGAAUAUUUUUUUUUAAAAAAAAGAAGAAGCAGGGGACGGACUCGUGAAAGGACUACAAUUCCCAGCGACAAUCUUAUCAUUCGCUCUCGCGGGAUCUUCUCCCGCCCUAUCCCAGCGCUUUCGCGGCGGCUUACGGCGCGGCGGUUGAAUGUGGGCCGCCGCGGUGCGAGAGCGGUAGCGAUAGCGAUGGAGGUGGAUGCUGCUGUAGCUGUUCCUUAUGCAGAACCGGCCUUGUCGCCACUCAUCCGGAAGCUCCGUCAUCAGCUGGCUGAGAUUAGAGAACGAGCUCUUAAGAACAUUUUGUGUAAAUUAGAUCACAACUUGAUUACGUAUGCUGAUCUGGUUCAAGAAAAGCUGCUAUUCCACAGUCUUUUAGAAUGGUUCAACUUUCCUGUAGUUCCAAUGAAAGAAGAAGUUUUGAAUUUAGUGAGCAACUUAAUAAAGCACCCGUUUGCUGUGGAGCAACUCAUUGGGAUUGGGGCAGUGGACUUCUUUUCCCAGCUUCGUCAAAGUGUGGACCCGAACCUGCAGGCCACAGUAGAUGGAAUCCUGGAUGGACUAUUCCUGCUACCAUCCGAGAUCCCUACUGAUUAUCAGGCAGUUCCUAAUCAUGCUCAGUCCUUCCCACCAGUGUCUAAUCCUGUUCUAUCCCAAGAUACUCAUGCUGGAUACUUUCACCAAGGCAAAAGUCACUUGGAAGAGAUGGGAAUACCACCAAAACAAGUAACUGUGAAGCAUGGAAUGACGUGCUUGAAGUUUUCCACAUUUCCUUGGUUAUCCCUCACUAAAACAGACAGACAUGUUCUUUCAUCAAGCGAAAGUUCACUGAGAAGUAAAGAUAAUAGAUUAAUUUGGAACACCUGUGAGCUUCUACAAGAUGUUAUUAUGCAAGAUUUUCCUGCUGAGAUUUUCCUUCAAAGACCGAAGAUUGUACAGAGUCUUCUUUUGCUAACAACUCUGGCUUUUGGGAGAGAUGGGCAACACCGCUUGGCUUUACAGGCUAUCUUAUGUUUGCAGCAGUUAUGUGUCUUAUUAAGGAACAGACUUAACUUUCUUAGAGACCCAAGCUUUGUCUCAAGUGAAACAGGUGCAGUUUCCCAGAAUUCCUCAGUGUCCUACUGCCAAGAAGCCAGAAGAGUCUCUCAUUCUCGAAAUCCAUCCCCUGGGAGUAGCAGUCCUCGACCAUCUGUCAUAGGGCGUACGGGUCAGCGUCCCAGAGGUGAUGGCCAAGACUGGGAUGCAGUAUCUUCUAGUGGAAGCAUUUCUCAUGCAAAUUCCAGAGCCUCUAUUCACUCACCUUUGGAUAUAGGUCACAUUGACCUGCCAGAACUGGAAAAUGAGGACAGUUUAGAAUUGCAGUUCCAACAGCUUAGUCUUCCUCAGUUCUGUGUAGCCAUCUUGGAAUAUGCAGUACCUCUUCUAAGAACAGGAAGCAAAAGAGUGACCAUACAAGUUCUUGAGUUGCUUGCCGAAGACCUGUUACUUACUACUGAUGCCGUGUCUGAAAAUGUUUGGGAAGACAGCAGUCUCUUUGGGCUGGAACUUAAGGAAAAGUUGCUUGGAGUCCUGGAGUCAUUAGGUGAAACUAUGUCCUACCACAAAAAUAACACAAGUUCAGAGCAGCCGGACCUGGUGAUGAUGCACCACCGAAUGGCGUUUGUUAGUGUUUCGCUUUUCACAGUUCGAUUGUUGCAAACUCUUCUUCCUGUAGAAAAGGCCAGCAAUGUUUUACCAGAGAGUUUACUGACUGCUUUAUUUGUCCUUUCUGUGGACAUGCCUUUCUCACUGGAAUAUCCAAGUAUUCAUGAAUCUGUUGCAGCUUAUUUGGAACAAAUGAAUUCUGAGAACUACACGAUUUAUAAAAAAGCUUCAGAAGCUUCCUAUUCAGUUGAGUGCACCUGCAACUUUAUGCUGGAUGUUCGCAAGGAGGGAGAAAAGAAUCUUCUUGAUUUGGUGGAGCUGGCAGAACAAGCUCUAAAAAGUCUUCCAUAUCAUCAGUACUUUCCUUUGGUCCAAGAAUUCAUCAGCCUUUGCUCAAAUAUCUGGAAGUCUGCCCAAGUUAGCUCAUUGCUACAGGCUGAGAGUCAGAAGGUGCUCCUCCACCUGUUGUCCCACACCCUGUUGAACGUAAGAACUGAAACCUAUCGCUGCUGCCUCGAAAUUGUUAAGGAAUGUUUAGGCAUUCAUAAUGUCACUAAACCAGUUUCUUCAGUCAGCCAUGGGGUACAUUUCCUGCUUCAUCCUAAAGUUCUCUAUGAAAUCUGUUGUUUUGGCCUUCAAGACUCCCAGAAUAAGGUAUGCUCGGCUGCUACGUUUAUACUGAUGUAUCUUCUUCAGAGCCGAUUGAUGAUGGCAGCAAUGACCUGGAACAAGUUUAUUGAGGCCCUCUAUCCUGUUGUUCCCAUUCUUCAGGGAUAUGCAGACACAGAAGAGCCUCUGGGUAACUGCAUCCUUUCACUGAGUGAAACAACUGAUGAUAAGGAAGGGGUUCUCCCAAGAACUACUAGACUUAGGGCAGCCCUGCGACUUCUGUUCUCAAAGAAGCCAUUGGUUCGUUCUAAAGCAUUCAAACACUUAAUGUUUCAUCUUACUGUUGAAGAAGGGGCCAACUUAAAGCGUCCGUUACUGCAUGGUAGUGUCCUUUCCAGCAUUCCCAACUUACUUAUUGUGGAAAAGCCUAUUGAACUGAAGCUGGAUGAUGUGAGGGAAUCUGUUUUUAAGGUGGAGACGGUUGAAAAGUUAUAUAAUAUCUUUAUCUCGGAUGUUAUUGAUGUAGCUUUGAGGAAGUCUGCUGCUGAACAGUUAGCUGUAAUUAUGCAAGAUUCUAAAAUGCAUGACAUUGUCAAAAAGAAGGGUAUUAUAGAAAGAUUACUUGGUUAUUUUAUGGAAUGUGUUCACAGGGAUGGCAAGAUGAUGGACUGCAUGAUGUUGCCAUCUCUUGCUCUCUUACGGAAAUUUGUAUAUGCAGAUCCAGCUAAACGACUGUCAUUGGCAUACCAACCUAAUGUCUUGAUCACGUUAUUUAGAGUUACCUUGAUAUUCCAAGAUUAUGGUGCUGUUGUGCGUGAAGCAGCAGCGUUACUUUGCUUACUACUGUUCGAUGAAACAGCAAGAAAAGAGAUGUGGGCUGAUGGUGUGUCCCAUGAGUCUUCUGUCAUUCUUUCUUUUAGCUUGCCUGUUGCUAUUGUAAGGCGGUAUCAUCUACCUGUCAGAAUCUCUGCUCAUCAUGCAGUGAGCCCUAAUUCAGUGGUGUUGCCAUUUUCUUGUGAAUUCUGGACCUUAAAACCUGUGUUGGACAUGCUUAAAAUGGCUUGGAACUUGUCUUGGUUCCAUGGGAUUGACAAUGUUCUGCAACUUGCAAAUUAUGAGACAAAAGCCCAAGAGUUUUUAGACACAUUAAAGCUGUCCUCUGAGGAUGUUGUUACACUGAAGAUAACGCACACAAGCAGUGGACUGCGGGAUUGUCUUAAUUCUAUCAUUCAAGCUGUGUCCCAUAGGGAAGUUAGGGCUGCUGUGACUAGAAUGAAUUUUUAUGUUCUGAAUGACAGGCUGGCAUUAAUGAGCAACCGUGGCUCUUGUGAAGCCACUUUGAAAUGCUUGGCUUGGCAAACAGCAUUAAGCAGGUUUCUCCAGGUGCUUCCCGCUUCUUCAGAAGAUGAAAAACUCCUGGCUGAUGUUCUGUGUUUUCUGAACAAGUUACUUAAGGAACAAAAGAAUACUUCAGAGGUAGAACACCUUAAGUGGAUCGUGGAUGUAGUGUUGAAGCAGAAUCCAAAGUCUUUACUAGAUCUUGUGGUUCAACCAGAAUCCCAGGCACAAGAUGAAAUGGAUGACAUAAAAACUGCUGUCAGACAACAACUGCAGAAAGAAUUGAUUGCCUUCUUUAAUACACUUCUGCUCAACUUCAUGUCAGUUACUGACAGGAAAGAUCUAGAACUCACUGGCUAUUUCCGAACAGAGCUAGCUCUGAGACUUUUGCAAUAUUUACGUGUAACAGAUGCCCCUCACUUCUAUGGAUUACCCUCUUUGGAAAGAACAUUAAGAGGAAUGGUUCAUGUCACUGCACUUCCAGGCUGGAGUUCAUACUCCGUUACAAUGGAGCCAUUCAAAAUUUGUAAGAAAUAUUUAGCAGGGCUCCUUGAGGUCAUCUCAUCUUUUUAUGUCGAGUGGGGAGGAAACGCCAUGUCUUUCAUGGGGAAAGGUGUCACAAAGAGCACCAUACUUUGUUUGCUUCAUUUGUCCCAUGAAAUGAUGGCCCAGGCCUCAAACUUGGACUGGGUAUCUCUCUGGUUCUUGCCAUAUGAUAACAGUGAAGAACAAGUUCCUUCUCAUCAAGGCUUGGCUUGGCUGAUUCCAUUAUGGGUAGACAGAGACCCAGAGGUAAAGUUCACUUCACUUGCAAUAGGAUCAGCACUUACAUCACUUGAAGAAGGUUGCUUUGCUUUAGCUGAAAGCUGCCAGAAUAUUUCAGGAGGCUUAUGGGGAACGGUGAUUAACAUCCUUUUGGACCAAUCUGAGUGCAGCAUGGUCCGGAGAGAGGCUGCAUUUAUUCUUCAAAAUCUUUUGGUGAUUCCCCUCCCCACUGAAGAGGUUAAAGAUCCCAUUUGGCAGGGACCUUGUGUGCAUGAUGAAGAAUUUGGCAUUUCUCUGAUUGGAAAACCUGCCCUGCAGGCCUUAUUAUAUCAUUGCCACUUCUAUGAGCAUUUGAAUGAGAUGGUGAAACAGUGCUACCUAGGUCGGUAUACAUUUGAUCUGAAUUGUUCUUUGGGAGACAGCCUGGCAGGAGAAAAGAAUAGUAUAAAUGAUUUAGAUGACUCUCUCUCUCUUUGGAGAAUCCCAUCUAGUCAAAACCACUAUUCAAGUUCUGAAUCAACAUCUGAUACUGUGAUAAUCUCAGAAUCUCCAUCUCUGAGGGGUGCUGUAGACCUUUCAGCACCCACCUCACCUCCUAUUAGUAUUCUCCGUGAAGUACCAGUUAAUCGGCUCAUGGCUCAAGGUCAGAGUGACACAACCACAACAGUAUCCUCAAGUCCACAUGAUUCCCCACAGUCUACCAUUAGAUCUAAGCAGUGUGCAGUGGUCACGGCCCCUCUCCUGUCAGCCAUGUGCAGCUUGUUGGAUAAUCUGCUGAUAGUCACUCCACAAGACACUGCGAUUGCUCUUCAACAAGCACAUAUGCUGACUGCUCUUAGUAGUCUGAUAAACUCUGGCUUGAUAGAGAGAUGCAUCUUGGAAAUGAAAGCACCUUUAUCUCGACCAUCUCAUAUGGAGUACACAAAAAUCCAGGUUUUAUUUCUACUCCAGUUUGCCGCCUCAUUGUUUCGACUGCUGCAAACAUGCUUGUUGGUGGACACUCGCCUUGUGAUGCAAGAGGAGUUACUGACAUCUGUCUUGGCAAAUAGCUUCAUGGUUCUUUCAAUUCAUUCUAAGGAUGGCUUAGAACCGGAGUUAUCAGCUGCAGUUCACCAAGCUUGGGAAGACUCAUUCAGCCUUCUGGCUGUGCUGUUAAGGAAAUGUGGCCCUACCUCUCUGCCAUCUGUGACUGCAGCACUUGCAAAGCAUUGGACUGCAGUAAUUGUGAUCCUAAAUGUAUAUGACCCUCAGAGACAAAUGGAUGAAAUGGGCUGUUGCAAUCUGUAUUUUUUCCAUAAGUGUUGCACAGAGUGAUUCAAAGGAGUGAUUCAUCCUAUCUUAUCUUAAUUGCCUAGAAAAGGAAACUUGGCAGGUGCAGCUUGUAAUGAACAGUUGCACCUGCUGAAAUUUCUUCUACAUAAUCAUUAAAGGUAAAGGAUCCUUGCCUUCUGUUUUCAUCUAGUUACCAUAAGUAGCAGCAUGUUUUCUAAUGGAGGAGUCCGGGAGAGAUAUGCAAGCUGCAUUCUUUCUGCUAAACCAUGUUUUGUGAUUCCAGGCAGUAGGGCUACUCUUGUAGUAUUUUCAGCCAACACUGAUCUCUCUCAACACAAGCUCCAUGCUUGACCACGGCUAAUCCCUUUGUGCAGAAUGAAGAGUACUCCUCAGCAGACAGUUGUUACAGUAGCCAUUGACUUUACUGUAAGAGAACUGGUGUUUUUUUUUAACUUCAUUAUCCAAUCCUGAAUGAAAACAGAAACCAGGCAAAAAGAGGAGCAACUUACACUUUGGUCACAGAAGACUAAACCUGCUCCAGAAAGGUCUCACCUUCUUUCAGAAUUCUAACAUAAAUGGUUUUCCCUUUGAGAAAACUAAAAUGAAAUCCCUAUUGUCUCACAUUAGGGAACAGUAGCAAUUGGUGCUGGCAGGCUCUGCUUCCUCCGAAGAGAAAGAUCCAAUACAAGCAUAUAGGUGACCUGAUUUAGCAUCAGUCUCUGAUAUUCUGUAGAUAUUUUGAACAAGUUUCUUUAACCAGUUUUCUGGUUCAAGGUGAUAGAAAAGGUGUCCCAUUGAUCAAAUAAAUUACCCACCUCAGUCAUAAUAUCUUGUAGGGAUGGGCCCGGACCGGUCCAGAGGCCAUUGUAAAGGCCUCCGGAUCGGACCGGUCCGGACUUUGGUGAUUUGGUUCGGGGGUGGGGGGUAGCUUUAAGAGCGGCGGGAGGGUUUACUUACCCCUCCCACCGCUUUCCCGCUCUGGCGCCGUAAUGUUCAGAGUAAUUGGGGCGGCAGGAUACCUCCCUGCUGCCCCUUCCCUGCUGCUGCUCUGCAAACUUCCCAGUAGUCCUUUGCCCCCCAGCCCAGUGCCGGACUGCAGUGUGGCGGUUCCGUGCACACCCCUAAUAUCUUGCUUAUAACAAUGGAUUCUUUGAGAGAUAAUGAAAGCACACUUAUGCAUUGAAGCAAUAUUUCCCUAGAAAACUCUUUGUUUUUUCUCUUUUCCACAAACUUAAGAUGCCAAAGUGGCAAAUAUACCCUGAUUAUCUGAUUUUAGUGGGAACAAUGACCUCAUACUCUCUGCUAAAGACUUACCAGUGGAAUACCACUGACAAGGAUAUUGACAACAUUUAUUAUUUUCCCCCAUUGUUGUGCUAUCCUUAUGCUUGUCUGUGCUUCUGUUAGCACACUUGUUCAUACAUGUCUCUGCUACUCAAGUGUGUAUCCAUGCUUUUAGAACAAAUUUGGGGAAUUUUGCUCAAAACCAAAUUUGCAACUGUGCAAACCAGAGUGUGGACACAGGCAAAUGCUGGCGUUUAGGCACCCCGGAGGAGCAACAGACUCAGAGGCAAGACUCCUGAAACAAAGGAAGUUUAUUGAUAAAGCAGAGGCUCAAUGCAAAUGGUGGUAUUUGAUGACUUUUAUACUGUCUCAGAUAUUUUACAGGGAGCUCCCAGGGACUAGAUAAGGAGGCAGGAGCAUGAUGGUGAAGACGCUUAAUAGCCUAGCAACUGACAGGCAUUGGAAUGUGGAAGGGAGGAUGGGGAGAGAGAGAAUAAAGAAUGGAGGGAAAAGAUCAGCUUGUUACCUGUCUGAAUCUGCUGGUUUGUGUGCAGGGCCAAAAGGGAGGGAUUUCCCACCAGGAGAAGAUUUGGAAUCGCUCUCAAAGGUGUUCCCAGAGUGAGGGCAAGGGGAGUCAGCAGGGUGUCAGUAUGGCAUCAAAGACUGUGGCACUGCAUGUGCCCAGAGCUUGCAAAGGGGAGCCCUGGGGUUUCAGCUCAGUAGUGGUUGUGGAACCUGCGACCCAGUGUUCCAACUUGAGGCUUAAGGGGAAAGCCCGUGACUACUGGGCCGGGUGAGCUUCUUGGGACAGUAGCAGGUGGCUUGAGCCACCCAACUACUGCAGCAAAUGUUUCCCAGGAACAAACUACACACUUGUCCAGGGAACAGAACCUCAUAUAAGGUUCUGUCCUCUGCAGAAUCCCAAAGGUGUGAAACCUCUAGGUACAAAGAUAUACAAAGGGGACCGGAUUUGAGGAGCGUGUGAGCUGUUCAGAGGAAGCACAGAACAAAAGUGCUUUAUUGUGCCAAAUCUGCCUUAGUAUCUUGGUAUCUGAUUUUGAUUACUUUGUUUUUAAUAUUUAUUUAUUUAUUAUUUGUUUGUUUAUUUAUUGAAUGUAUAUACCACCUAGUAUAAAAAUAUCUAGGCAGUGUACAAAAUUAAAACAUAAAAUAUAACAUAUAAAGAUAAAAACACAUUAAAAUUUAAAAAUCAAAUCUCAGUUGAAGGCCUGGGAAAACAGGUACAUCUUCAGGGUCCUCCUAAAAGCAAACAGAGAAGGAGAUGCUCUUAUUUCACCAGGGAGCAUGUUCCAAAGCUCUGGGGCAGCCACAGAAAAGGCCCAGUCCCAAGCUGCCACCAAACGAGUCUGUGGCACCUGUAAUUGGACCUCUCCAGAUGAUCUUAAUAGGCAACAGGGUUCACGACAGAGAAGGCACUCCCUUAAAUACCCUGGACUUAAGCUAUUAAGGGCCUUAUAGGUAAUAACUAGCACUCUGUAUUUCAUUCAGAAACCUAUCGGCAGCCAGUACAGUUCUUUUAGAAUCGGUGUUAUAUGGUCCCUUCAGGUAAACCCAGAGACCAGUCUGGCUGCUGUAUUCUGUACUAAUUGUAGUUUCCGAACUACAUACAAAGGCAGCCCCACGUAGAGUGCAUUACAGUAGUCAAGCCUAGAGGUUAUCAGAAUAUGUACCACAGUUUUAAAGUCAAUAGUCUCCAAGAAUGGACGUAUCUGGCGUAUAACCGAAGCUGAUAAAAAGCACUCGUGGCCUCAACCUGAGAAACCAGGGAGAGUUUGGGAUCUAGGAGCACUUCCAGACUACGGACCUGCUCUUUUAGGGGGAGUGUAACCCCAUCUAGCACAGGCAGAUCUAAACCAUUUCUCGGAUCCCAACCCCCUACAGACAGAACCUCUGUCUUGUUUGGAUUGAACUUCAGUCUGUUAACACUCAUCCUGCCCAAUAUCACCUUCAAGCAGGCAAUUAGUGGGGUCAUGCCAUUUCCUGAUGAAGUUGGUAUAGAUAAAUAGAUCUGGGUGUCAUCAGCAUAUUGAUAGCAUCCCAGACCAAACUUCCUGACAAUCUCUCCCAGCGGGUUCAUGUAGAUGUUAAAAAUCAUUGGAGACAGUAUGGAGCCUUGUGGAACCCCACACUUCAGCUCUCGCUUUUCAGAGCAAUAGUCUCCAAGUGACACCAUUUGGAAUCUGCCAGAGAGGUAGGAAUGGAACCACUGUAAAACAGUGUCACCCAAUCCCACCUCCUUCAAGCGACCCAACAGGAUGCCAUGUUCAAUGGUAUCGAAAGCCACUGAGAUAUCUAAAAGGAUCAGCAGAGUCAUACUCCCUCUGUCAAUCACCAAUUGGAGAUCAUCUAUCAGGCCGACCAAGGCAGUCUCAACCCCAUGGCCCACCCGAAAGCCACCCUGGAAAGCGUCUAAAUGAUCUGUGUCAUCCAAAACUGCCUAGAGCUGAGAAGCAACCAUUCAGUCGAUCACCUUGCCCAGCCAAGGAAGAUUAGAGACAGUCCUGUAAUUAGCUAACUCUGAGGGAUCCAAACUAAGUUCCUUCAAAUAAGGUCUAAUAAUAGCCUCCUUAAGACAAGGAGGCAUCUUGUCCUCCCUCAGCAAAGCAUUUAUUACAUUUGCCAGACCUUCUCUGAUAAUAUGACUAUUAGGUGAAAUAAGCCAAGUUGGGCAAGGGUCAAGAGAGCAGGUGGUGGGGCAUACAGUCUGAAGCAGUUUGUCCACAUUGUCAGAAGUAACAAACUGAAAAUGAUCCAAUUCAAUCCUACAAGAGGAGUUGCUGGGCACCUCUACGAAAGACUCUGCAGUAACUGUGAAGUCUAGUUCAGCAUGGAUACAAGAUAUUUUAUCUGCAAAGAAGUUGUUAAAAACAUCACAGUGAGUAACAGAUGGUUUCAAAUUCAAGUCAGAGGGAGCAUGAACUAGCCCCAUCACAAUCCUAGACAACUCAGCUGGACGUGAAUUUGCAGAAGCAAUGCGGGCAGAGAAGAACCACUUCUUUGCUGUCUGCACUGCCAGAGUAUAGAGCCUCAAACGAGCUCUGUGUUGCAAUCUAUCACAUUAACGCCAAGACUUCCUCCACUUGCACUCUAAUCAUCUACCUCGCUGCUUCGUUUUUGGUUUUAAUUGUUAGCCACCUUGGACAGUCACUGGAUGAAAAGGUUGGUUGAAAAUACUUAUAUGUCCUGCACUCUAUCCAGAGUACUGCACUGGAUCUCUAUGUGUUUAAAUUGCCAGAUUUUGUGUUGGGUCCAAGAUAGCUGUUUCAUACACAAAUGUUUUCUGAGCCCAUUUUAGGAUAAUUGGCCUCCACUUUGGUAUAGUUUCUGUAGGGAAUGCAGCCUUUGCUAAACAGUUUGAUCUGGAUAAUUUGUUCAAGUAACUAUGACUCUAUUGGAGUCCUGUAGCUGAUUGCAGAAUUGACAAAUGCUAAUUAAUUGAGCUAAAUGGAAAAUUAAAUCUGACUCAAGACUUUGUUUUAAAAUCUAACAAUUUAAAUAUGUGGAUUAUAGUCUUGUAGCAUCCAGAAUAAUUAAUCAUGAUUAAACACCACUGAAUUAAAUUAGACAAGUUAGUCUCUGUAUUUAUUUAACAUAUUUAUAUACUAUCUAUAACUGAUAUCUUCAAGGUGGUUAUUUAAUCAUGACUAAAUAAGCCUGCUAAUUUCAUUGGGACUUAUUCUGGAUGCUGUGUCAUAUCAUUACAUACAACACUCUUAAUUUUGUUACCUAUAGCCAUGCGUUUUAAUGAAUCCCUUAAAAGGUAGCCUGAUCUACUUAUUUGUGUAACUGCUGAAAAUCCAUAUC